UUCAGCAAUAAAAGAUUAAAAAAAAAAAAAAAUCCCCAUUAAACUACAAGCCACUUGGAGUGCUCUUCUCAUCUUUUCCCAAUGUGUUAAUCAGAUACUUCAGCUUUUCUGUGACCCUGAGGAGGGGAGAACAUUCCUUUCAACCUCGCUGCUGUGUUUUUCUGAUUGCACUAGCAGGCCUUUUCGCCCAGCAGCAAUCCAGGCAGAGCCAGCUGGUUUGGUGCAAUCUGGAAGGUUGUUGUAAUAACAGACAGAACAAGAAGCACAAGGAAGAGCCUGGCAGCUGUAUAAAACUCCCUCCGAGCUCCAGUCCCUGCAGAAGUGCACUGGCUUCAGCAAUCAACAUGACCAGCCAGUCUCAGGGAAUCCAGCAGCUUCUACAGGCAGAAAAACGUGCCAAGGACAAACUGGAGGAAGCCAAAAAACGAAAGGGAAAGAGGCUGAAGCAGGCCAAAGAAGAAGCCAUAGCUGAGAUAGACCACUACCGGUUACAGAGGGAGAAGGAAUUUAGGAACAAGCAAACAAAUGUAAUGGGCUCCCAAGGCAACCUCUCUGCUAAAAUAGAAGAGCAAACAACAGAAACUGUCCGAAACCUCACUAGCAGCUACCACAAGAACAUGGAAAGCAUGAUGAAAAAGCUUUUGAGCACGAUAUGUGACAUCAAGCCUGAAGUUCACCCAAACUUCAGACAUGCAGUUUAAGAUCCAUUGAUGUGCUGAGGAAGGAUGUUUGUAAAAAGUAGCCUUCUUUCUGAUAAGCAUAAAUAUUUCCUCAUUUAUUGUUCUGUAUGUGUGAGAAAAAAAGAACACUAAAGCCAAAAGCACACAGUUCCACGUAGGCUUUUGAUGUGACAAGAAUUAUUCAGGGUUUCACAAGCAUUUGUUGGAAUAUUGUUUCCUUUUGGUAGCUAAGCCCCUGUCAUUUAGACGGGGGCAAGUCAACAACAGCAGAAUAAAUGAUUAUUUGACACCA